GACAACGCUAAGUUACGUAAAUAGUCACCACCAUCUCCCACUUGCCCCUGUAAUCUGAAGAGUAUCUAUAUAGUUACUCCAUCAUUUGAUUUCUCUCUUGAUCAAAAUCUGGGGUUCAACAUCUCAAUCCUUCCAACAACUUCACAAUGGCAGAACCACCAGCAUACAGAGGCCCAGGUUAUGGCGACGUGAACUACGCCCCCAAACAUGAGGAGCUCGAUCCGAAGUAUGAUAUUGAGAAGCCACAAGAGGAUGCCGUGUUCGGUGAAGUUGUCGAGGGAGGUCCCAACUAUCGUGCAGUUGGAUGGAAAGGAACGUCUGUCCUCAUGAUGAAAACCCAGAUCGGCCUUGGUAUCCUCUCGUUGCCUUCUGCUUUUGACACUCUUGGCUUGAUCCCAGGUGUUAUUUGCCUGAUUGCUAUCGCUGUCAUCACUGGAUGGUCCAGCUGGAUCGUCGGUGUGUUCAAGCUAAGGCAUCCCGAAGUCUACGGCAUCGAAGAUGUUGGAGAGAAACUAUUCGGUCGCGUUGGACGUGAAUUCUUCGGUCUUGCUUUUGCCUUGUACUGGACGUUCGUUGGAGGUUCUGCUAUGCUCGGCAUUUCCAUCGCACUUAACGCCCUAUCAACUCAUGCGACCUGUACGGCUGUCUAUGUGGCCGUUGCUGCUGUCAUCGGUUUUGGACUUUGCAGUAUCCAAACCCUCGGACGCAUUUCCUGGCUAGCCUGGGUAGGCUUGAUUGGUAUCUUGUCAGGUGUCAUGACUCUCACGAUCGCUGUGGCCGUCGAAGGUCGACCUAGCACUGCACCAAAGGACGGGCCCUGGAAAUCCGACUUCAAGCUUUUCGGCUCCCCAUCUUUCGGAGAAGCGACAGCAGCACUAUGCACCCUCAUUUUCGCUUACGGUGGUGUCCCCGCCUUCUUUAACAUUGUCUCAGAGAUGAGAAGACCAGAGCAUUACACGAGAGCACUUAUUGUGUGCCAAACUGUUAUGACCGUGCUCUACAUCGUCGUCGGAGUUGUCGUCUACUACUACUGCGGAUCCUUCGUCGCUUCUCCUGCCCUUGGAUCCGCUGGACCAUUGUUGAAGAAGGUUUGCUACGGCUUGGCCCUUCCCGGCCUCAUUGUCUCCAUGACAUUAGUCUGCCACAUUACUGCCAAAUACUUCUUCAUUCGCUUCUUCCGUGGCACCAAGCAUCUCAACCAUAAUACCAUGAUCCACUGGGUGUCUUGGCUCGGUCUCACCGGAGCUGUGUGCAUCGUAGCCUACAUUAUCGCCAGCGCAAUCCCCAACUUUGGCGCUCUCGUGUCACUCAUCGGAGCCCUCUUCGGAACCCUCAUGACCUUCCAGUCUAUGGGUAUGAUGUGGUUCUACGAUCACUGGACUAAAGGCAAAGCAGAGAAAUCUACACGAUGGAUGUCGCUCGUCUUCUGGGCUGGUUUCAUCAUUGCCUCCGGUACUUUCCUCAUGAUCGCUGGUACAUAUGGUUCUGUCCUUGGUAUCAAGGAUACCUACAGUGGAUCCAACGGACCAACUGCUUGGUCGUGCGCGGAUAAUUCAAACUCGACCUAGAUGGACGAUUGCGCUUCUAGAAAUAGAUAAACCCUGUUCUAUAGAGUAGAACAAAGGAGUUGGUACGAGGGCAUAGGCUGGAUUAGCAUCUUAGCGUUCAUUGUGUCGGGCAUAUAGACGGAGUACCACCUCAAAAGCAUCAGCAUCAGAAAUCAUGAAUAAUUCUUACAACCAUUUGAUAACUCCCGGAAGCAAACCGCGACUCCAGUUAUUAUUAUUAUUCCCAACGAACCUUCCCCGCAACACCCUUCCGACAAGCUACUUCCCC